AGAUCAGUAGUUAUAUAUACGUGGAUUCGUGCAAACAAACCAUCUCAAUCCCAUCUCCAUCAACUCCUUCACUUAACUGAACUCUCAGUUCCUCCUGUAUUCUCGUUUAGGACGUUUCUCUGUAAUUUUCCCCCAAUCCGUGUGUCGGGCGGCCGCGUCACGAUGGGAAUGAUCCGAAUCGGUGCGACGAGGAAAAAACAGAGUCCGGUUUUGGUGGUUGGAAUACUAGUGCUUGCUCUGUUUUUGGAGGCGGCAGAUGCAGAGUACCGGCGUUACAGAGAUCCAACGAAACCGAUGGGGGGCCGGAUCAGGGACUUGAUGGGGCGGAUGACAUUGCAGGAAAAGAUCGGCCAGAUGGUUCAGAUUGAUCGCAAAGUCGCUUCAGCUGACGUCGUGAAAAACUACUUCAUCGGAAGUAUAUUGAGCGGAGGAGGAAGCGUCCCGGGCCAGAAAGCUUCGCCGGAGGAAUGGAUCAAGAUGGUCAACGAGUACCAAAGCGGCGCCAUGUCGACCAGGCUAGGGAUUCCGUUGAUUUACGGGAUCGACGCCGUUCAUGGUCACAACAAUGUGUACAAUGCCACCAUUUUCCCUCACAACAUCGGCCUCGGAGCUACCAGGUGACUGAGUGAUCAGUUUUCAAUUUCAUCACUCCGAUCCCCCCUUCCUUUUAUUAUUUGUGGCGGCGCGUGAUGAGCUGGAUGAUUGUUUUGGACAGAGAGCCAGCGCUGGUAAAGAAGAUAGGAGCAGCGACGGCGCUGGAAAUGAGAGCCACCGGAAUUCCUUACGCUUUUGCGCCCUGUAUCGCGGUGUGCAGAGAUCCGAGAUGGGGGCGGUGCUACGAGAGCUACAGCGAGGAUUCGGAGAUAGUGAAAGCAAUGACGGAGCUAAUCCCAGGCCUGCAAGGAGAUGUUCCUGCUGACGCCCGCAAGGGAGUCCCUUAUGUUGCUGGAAAGAGGAAAGUGGCAGCGUGCGCAAAGCACUUUGUGGGCGACGGCGGGACGGUGAAGGGGAUCAACGAGAACAACACCAUCAUCGACUGGAACGGCCUGAGAAGGAUCCACAUGCCUGCCUAUUUCGCCUCCAUCGUCAAAGGUGUCUCCACCGUCAUGGUCUCUUACUCCAGUUGGAACGGCGUCCGGAUGCACGCCAACCGUAACCUCGUCACCUCCUACCUCAAGGACACUCUCAAGUUCAGGGGGUUUGUGAUCUCUGACUGGCAAGGAAUCGACAGGCUCACCGACCCGCCACACGCCAACUACACUUACUCCGUAGAAAAAGCAGUUGCUGCUGGACUUGACAUGGUGAUGGUUCCACUAAACUACACGGAGUUCAUCGAUGACCUAACCCUACUGGUGAACAAAGGGGUGAUACCGAUGAGCCGGAUCGACGACGCCGUACGGAGAAUCCUGAGAGUUAAGUUCGUGUUGGGCCUGUUUGACAACCCAAUGGCUGACGAUAGCAUGGUCAAUGAGCUUGGCAAGCAAUGGUCGACCACCAAAGUCACGUACGAGGAAGCCCCAACAGCAGACUACGUGAAGGCCAACGACUUCUCCUACGCCAUUGUGGUAGUGGGAGAGCAUCCCUAUGUGGAAACGGGAGGAGACAACCUCAACCUGACCAUACCGGAUCCCGGCCCAGCCACCAUUCGGAAUGUCUGCGGAUCGGUGAAAUGCGUCGUCGUUUUGAUCUCCGGCCGUCCGCUGGUGAUCGAGCCGUACGUUGACUCCAUGGACGGCCUCGUGGCGGCUUGGCUCCCCGGCACCGAAGGUCCCAGGUGUCGGAGCAAGGAGAUGGUGGCGGCUCUUGAGAGAGGUGUCGGCGGGCUUCGCAUUUGGGAUCCAGGGUUGUUUGUUUGUGCAGAGGUUUGUUUGGAGAUGCGGUCGGAUACAGGCUUUCGGUGCAAGAAUCGAACAAAAAAUGAGUCCGAGCGGGCGACUUUUCAAGGUCCUCAUCCCAGCGGCAGGAAGAUCGAAAGGCUGGCAGGUGUUAUCGCCCUCGUCCAAGAGUUCUAUCAUGACGAGCAUCAACUGCGUGUCGAUAUGUUUGAGACUUUGGGGUCAGCGACUGAUCUGCCUGAGGCCCCGCUACAUCCAAAUCUUAAUACUCUGCGAAAAUCUUAUGCAGAUGUUGUCAGAGGUGGGGGCUUCUAUGGAGUUGGUAGUUGCUCUAUUGUACAGGAUUCAAGUGGAAUUUUUAUUAGAGUGGGUCAGGAAGGAGUCUCGGAAAGGUCCGGUACGCUGGAGCGUUGCUUGGUUAUCAGGUUUCAAUCGGUUGGCCACGAAGUUUUCUCGAGGGACCAGUUGAGCGGUUUCAGGAGAUGGGCAGAGAAGACUUGGGCCAGUGAUUCUAAUUUUGGUUUGGAGGAACUUGACGAUGGUAGAUGGCUGCUAAUCUGCCCAAGCUUACGCGAACUAAUGAGGAUUAAUAGUCUGGCUGGUCAUCAGUUUAAGAACUUCCUUGUCUCAACUUAUUUGUGGAAGGAGAUAGACGAGGGGGCUCCACGGUUGGAUGAUGCUUGUUGGAUGUUGGUCUUCGGAAUCCCUCUGCACCUUAAGAGCGUCAAUCUUAUCAGAACUAUUGGAGAGUUCUGUGGAAAUUUGUUGGAUAUAGAUUGGAAUUCUUGGGCAUCCUCUUGUGUUCGCAUGAAGGUGAUUGCAAAGGGAUCUACAUCAUCUUCAAUCCCCCUGGUUUAUGAAGAUCAAUGGUUCACCGUGGAUGUUAAAGUUUUGCCGGCGUCUCUGUCGGGAGGGAGGCGCGAGUCGGAGCAAGGGAAGAGAGGGGAGAAGUCGAAAGGUCAUGAGGAUUUUCGGGUUUCUCAAAGCACGGGGAGGAUCUUUUCGGCUUUAUUUUCUAAGAUGAUGCAGCCGUUCUCAGGCAUAUCGGUGGUGUUUCACUGUCCUUCUCCAGGUGUUAUUCAAAUCUAUUUUGAAGAGGAUUCUUCCCCCUCUAGUCGUGUUGAGAUGUUGGAGGGCAGUCAGGGGGCGGCAGAGGGUUCUCCUCCGGAGUCCCUGCGGAAUGUUGCGGAGUCGCUCUCCCCUUUGCAAUCGGACCGUGAGGUUGGGAGCCCCCUGAUUUUGAUUUCCCCUCCCCGUCUUGUGUUGCUGAUAGUCAGCCUAGGUUUUGGAGUCAAGAUGUUUUUCCCUUUGAUCUGGGCACUUUGGAGUCCAUAA